UAUGAAAUUAGUAAAAUGUGUCAGGUUACGUCCUAAUUUUCAAGCGUAGGACACAGGACACAGGCAUGGAAAUUCGUACAGAAGUGCGUUCCCUUAAGGACUAAAUGGGAAUAAUAAGUGCGACGUGAUGGUGACUAUGGCAAUGAGCAGAGAUGCAUCGCUCAGCGAAGACUGCGGGCGCAGUUGGCGUCGUGGUGCAGGAGCUCGGCUGCUCCACUGACAUCAAUCCCACGCCGCCGGUGGUCGAGGAUCCAGAGCCCCUGCUGGAUCUCUACCUCUCCCCGGAGAAGCUGCGAGUGCUGGGGGGCUGCGAGGACCUGCGGGGGGUCAUUGUCCUGGAAAUGUCUGUCGACACGCGGGAGAACACCCUUGGCAACUUCGGUAUCUUCUUGCCAAGUCUUGUGCAGCUGAAGAUGAACAACAGUUUGAUCAUGUCCAUAAGGGACCUGGGGACAUCACUGUCCCACCUGCGUGUCCUGUGCAUGGCUCGCUGCGGCCUCAUCGACCUGGACGGGAUCCCAUCGUUCUGCUCCCUCAAGGAGCUGUACGCGGCCUACAAUGACAUCUCGGACCUCAGCCAGCUCAGCAUGCUGGAGCACCUGGAACUCUUGGACUUGGAGGGCAACAACGUGGACGAUCUCGUCCAGGUGCAGUACCUGGGCCUCUGCAGCCAGCUCCGUGCCCUGACCCUGGAGGGAAACCCCAUCUGCAUGCACCCCCACCCGGCCACGCAGCAGGCAGCGCCAUACUGCUACAGGUCAGCUGUAAGGGAUCUGGUUCCGCAGCUGCGUUACCUGGACGACAUCCCAGCGGAGGAUACAGAACCUCGCUACGGCACGGCCUCCCUGGAGGACUGGGAUGUGAUCAAGGAGUCCAUUAAGGAGAGGCUCUCAGACAGCCUGGGGCCUUCAGAAGAGAAGACAGUCGGGGGAGUUCCCUCCUCUCGACCCUCUUCGGCACCUCUCCCCCUCAGCCGAUCAGCCAGCCGACCCGGCACCGCCCGACCCGGCACCGCCCGACCCGGCACCGCCCGACCCGGCACCGCCCGACCCGGCACUGCCCGACCCGGCACCGCCCGACCCGCCUCCUGCCCCAGGUCCAGGCCUGGCUCAGCUGAUGCGGAUCCCGCUUUUGUGGACCCGGAUGCCAGCGACUUGACACAUGGCAUGGGCCGGGUGAUGUGUGGAAACCCUGUGCAGGCCCUCAAGCAGUGGCGGCAGAAGCUCAGCCGCCCCAUCUCCUGUUCUCCCUCCCUCUCCUCGAGCUACACCCCCCAGGGCCAGCCCAACAGCUUCAGGGAGUGCCGCUGUGACCCUGGGGAAGCAGAAGAUGCUGAAUGUGGUGACGUGUUCACAGAGCUGCAGGCCUGGAGACAGGGGCACAGCAGGCGGCUGAUCGCCAUAGCAAAGGAGCGCCUGCCACAGGUGAUGAAGCUGUCCCACAGCAUGGAGGAUGAUGAGGAGGAAGGCAAAGGCAGCAGCAUUGACUCCAUGAGUGACGAAGAGGGAGAUGAGGAAGGCGAGGGCCAGAGAGCAGGCAGCAGUCCCUGGAACAGCACAGACUCCCCAGAUUCUUCCUUCCAGUCUCUGACCCCAGAUUUCAUGUCGGAGGGCAACGCCAUGUCUCCCGGUGUCUCACGGACCUCCACACCACUGGACGCCACCGUGUGUCCCUCCCCGCCCCUGACGCUCAGGGCGCCAGCCGGUGCCCGCAGGGGGGCGUUUGAGAUACGCACGCGCCGGCUGCGGACGGUCAGGAAGGUGCCAUUGGGUGGAGGAGGAGGAGGAGGAGAUGGAGAAGGGAGAGCAGGGCCCUUGCCAGGGGAGGAGGUGCUGAGCACGUGCCCUGAGAGUCAUUUUGCUCUGACGCCUGGUAGCAUUCCGCCACAUAGAUCCAGCUCAGGACCUGAUGUCCUGGGACACACAAGUCUACGUGACGAGACAGCGAGGAGCUACCAGAUCCGGCCAGUCCACGUCCACUUUCCCACAAUGCCCCAGGUGUCCCCCGUACCUCUGACACCCAGAAGGCCUCGCUCCGCCCGGCCCUCCCUCCAGGGGCUCCCCACCCAGGAUGGUCCCCACUGCAGCUGACAGCUAGAGCUUCCUGUGGAACAGCUGUGGGUGCUUAUCUGGAGGGUGAUGGGGGGUGUGAACUUCUGCUCUGCUGGAUGGCUCUCACUGCUGUUCCACUACAAUAACUGAAUUAAGUCCUUGGGUUAUUAAAUGUAUAAGGCUUCAUCUUCUAGGAUCUACAGGCUAUCAACCUACUAUAUAAACAAGCUUUUUUUUUGCACACUGAUUCAAAUGAAUUUCUCAGCUUUACAGAAACAAAUACUAAUACUU